CCAAACACAAUCACACACAAAGAAAAAUGAAGCCCUCCUCUAUAGUUUCCAUUCUCUCUUUUUCCCUCUUCUUUCUCUCUCAAAUCUCUCCAUCUCUUUCAGCUGAAAGAUGUCACCCAAAUGACAAAAAAGCCCUCCUAGAAUUCAAAAAAGCUCUAGGUAAUCCUGAUGAUUUGGGUAAUUGGAAUCCCAAAACUGAUUGCUGCAUUGACUGGUACGGACCUACUCUCGAAUGCGAUGAAAAAUCGAAUCGGAUUAAUCUCAUCGACUUCUCCAAAAUGAAUCUCUCUGGAUAUCUCUCUCCCGCCAUCGGAGAUCUCACAUACCUUACGAAAUUCAGUAUCCACAAUGUACGUAAUCUCACCGGUCCAAUUCCAUCAACAAUUGUUAAGCUCACGAAUCUCAUUUUCUUCAGAAUUAGUGAAUCGGACAUUUCAGGACCAGUACCUGAAGUCCUUAGUCGAUUGAAAAGCUUAACGUACAUUAAUCUGUCGUAUAAUAAGCUUGUUGGAACUAUCCCAGCCUCGCUAUCACAACUUCCAUAUUUGGAAUUUUUACGAUUAGAUAGGAACAAAUUAACUGGACCAAUACCGGAGUCAUUUGGCAAAUUAGCUCCCAAUUUAACGUAUCUUUACCUUGGGCAUAACCAACUUACAGGGAUUGUACCAACUUCAUUUGCUGGGUGGAGUUUUGACACAAUUGAUCUGUCAAGGAACAUGCUUGAAGGGGAUAUUUCGUUUUUGUUUGGUAAAGAUAAGACGACGUAUGAAAUGUUAUUGGAUCGGAAUAAAUUUGAAUUCGAUAUGUCAAAAUUGACGUUUGGGAAGGGGUUAUGGAGGUUGGAAUUGAGUCAUAACAAGAUUUAUGGGAGUAUACCGAAAAUCAUAUCGAAGAAUCCGUGGCAAAUUUUGAACGUGAGUUAUAAUAGACUUUGUGGAAAGAUUCCAAAGGGUGAGAAUAUGCAGAAAUUUGAGAUAUAUGAGUAUUUUCAUAACAAAUGCUUGUGUGGUGCUCCGUUGCCGCCUUGUAAAUGAUCAUCACGAGCGGAUAAUAUAAGUUAUGCAUCUAUUUAUGUAUUUCAACUUCUCUUGAUGAAUAAUUGAGUGAGUAAACUUAAGGCAUAAUAAUGUAUGAAUGUUAGUUAUCCUUUUUUUAGUAACUUCUCGAUGGACCAUUAAUUUU